GGCAGUCACUGCCUGCCCUGCCCCCUGACCGAUCCCUACGAGGAUGCUGCUGAGAGACCGCAUCAGAGGACCCACUCUUUGGUUGUUUCUCCUGUGGCUGUCCACAGUAGUAUUUCUGCCUAGACUUAGGACAUCCUCCCAGCAGUGUUUAUUUUCCUCAGUAUCCUUUAUUCUCAGGAAAUAGAAUUAUGGCCCAGAAAGGAGCUGCUUCCUUGCUAAUGUUGUGUAUAGAGGCACAGCCAGUCCUUCUGCUGUGGUAGGUUAGGGCUGUUUUGGCGAUUGGCUUUGUUGGCAGCCCGAGGAGCUAAUGGACACUUGAGUCACAGGUGGGGCAAGCCCUGUGUCUCAGAUGUUCACUUGUGUUGAGUCCUCGGCGAUCAAAAGGAUCCCACAGGGCUUUGUCACUUCCUAGCUCCUAGACCGGAGGUGUCCUUAUUCUUCAGAAGGAUGCCACUGACUUCAUGAAGAACAACAGUGUCAUUGGGGGUUGCAGAGGAAGGAAAGGCUGUUACUCUUAGGUAACACUGUCAAUGUCUUCAGACACACCAGAAGAAGAGAAGAGGGCAUCGGAUCCCAUCACAGAUGGUUGUGAGCCACCAUGUGGUUGCUGGGAUUUGAACUCAGGACCUCUGGAAGAGCAGUCAGUGCUCCUAACCUCUGAGCCAUCUCUCCAGCCUGAGGAAAACCAAUUUUAAGCAAAAUUUCCAGCGAGAAAAAUGAAUCUGAGAUUGGAUUAGGGCAUGUUUUUUUCAGUGAAUGCCUGUCCCCUAGGUCAUCAAGGAGGCCACACUUGCUCUCUUGUGCCUGUCCUGGGAUUGGAAUUCAGUUCCCUUGGGGACAAGUUAGCUGUGAGUCUUCUCUUCAGAGGAACCACUGGCACACCAGCUCUGGCAUUCAUCUUUGAAAUGUGUCAUUUGGGUGUCUUGUAAAACCUUAGGAUGCUUUCCCUUCAGUGGGGCGAACUAUUAGAGUGGCUGGAACCAGCUGACUGACGUGCAUCUUCAAGGCUGCUUUCCUCUGAGCCUGGCAUGUCUCUCAGCAGCUUUAAGCUAAAUGCAUCUGGUCGCAGCAAAAACCCUUGCCCUAGCUCUUGUCACUCACCUGGACAAAGCCCCCUAAACGGUAACUCCCUGUUUGUGAUCGGGCACUCGGGUAAGUCAGGGCACAGUUUGGUCUAUAAAUUUCUAGGCCGGAAGUAAAUUAUGUUUUAACAUUAGUCAUUUUUGCUAAUAAUAAUACAAAAUCUACCCCUAGCUGGAAGCUAAACCUUUCUAUUCCUGGUAAUUUCCUGCCUGCUUACCAAUGCUGUCUGUGGAAACAUUAAAAAAACAGCUCCAGUAAAGGAGCAGGCUGUUGUCUCCAGUCUGCCUAAGCCUGCUCGUUGAGACCAUUGCUUGUCACUCAGACACUCCGUCUCACCACCGUUACGGCUGCUCCCAUGUCUGGGAGGCCACAGGAAAAUGCUGCUCCAGUGUUUGUUUUUAGUUUUGUUUUUGCAGGGUUUCUCUGUAACGCUGUCUUUCCUGGAACUUGUUCCGUAGACCAGGCUGGCCUUGAACUCAGGUCCACCUGCUCUGCCUCUGCAGUACUAGGACCAAGGCCUGUGCAGCCACCAAUUUUCAUUUUUUAAAAUGUCGCCAUAAGGAUUGCUUUUUUAAGAGUUAUAUUUUGUUUUGUUUAAGAUUUAUUAUAUAUACAGCAUUCUGUGUGCAUGUACACCUGCAGGGCAGAAGAGGGCACCAGAUCUCAUUACAGAUGGUUGUGAGCCACCAUGUGGUUGCUGGGAAUUGAACUCAGGACCUCUGGAAGGGCUGUCAGUGCUCUUAACCACUGAGCCAUCUCUCCAGCCCCCAGUUUUGUUCUUUAUACAUGUGAGAAAGAACAAGUUGAAAGAAUGUAUCGUUGGUAAAGAAGUCAAAAGAUUUUAAUCAGAUUUUGUGCAUCAGAAGAAAAUGAGUUUCUAUUUGAGAAUAAUUACACAUUUUUAAGUUUAAAGAGUAGGCUGUUUUUCCAUUAUUGCCUUAACCUUUGUUAUAUUUAUUAAUUCUGACACAGAAGCAGUGAAAUAGCUUUGCUGGUUUGCAGAGCAGGGACUUGGAAGAGGCUCUGAAUGACUUCGUGGGAGACGGUCAGUGCAGCUGAGGGGCCUCUGUUCCCGUCCGUUGCUAGUGAGUCUGAAGCGACAGUGGGCAUUUCCUGCUAAAUGACAAUGCUGUAUGAUAGGAAGUAAGCCUCUCUGGCCGAGGGUAGAUGCCAGGAGUUGAUAUACUUUUUUUUUUUUUUUUUUUUCGGAGCUGGGGACCGAACCCAGGGACUUGCGCUCGCUAGGCAAGCGCUCUACCACUGAGCUAAAUCCCCAACCCCUGAUAUACUUUUUAAAAAAAUUUUUUUUAAAGAUUUAUUUAUCAUAUAUAAGUACACUGUAACUCUCUUCAGACACACCAGAAGAGGGCAUCAGAUCCCAUUACAGAUGGUUGUGAGCCACCAUGUGGUUGCUGGGAUUUGAACUCAGGACCUCUGGAAGAGCAGUCAGUGUUCUUAACCACUGAGCCAUCUCUCCAGCCCGGAUAUAUACUCUUGAUGACUUUUUCUUUGGGGCGGGAGGGGGGGCAGGGGGCUGGCCUUGUUUUUUGAGAGAAGGUCUUUGUAUCUCUGGCUGGCUCAGAACUCAUACAAAGACCAUGUGGGCCUUGAACUUGUGAUUCUCCUGUCUCUGUCUCCGGGAUUGGGAUUACAGAAAUGUACCACCUUUCUGAAUUAAGGAGGGCAUUUCUCCAAUCCCAUGUGUUACCUGCAGUCACACCUUUUAUGAUUCAUGUUGUAAAUAUUUGGCUUGUAAUAUAAAAUUAUUUCUGUGCUACGUGGAAGACCGUUUUAAUUAGUUCUUAGGUGCAUGGAAUGAGAAAUGGGGGAAGAACGGUGUGCACACAAGCUCUGUUGUCCUUCUGACGGGUAGUGCUGGCCACAGGAAGAACACAGACGGGAGGCUUGCAUGGGCAGUGCAAGCCAACUGUGGUCACACAGUGUGGGCGUCUGAGUCCUUCCAGAGCCCACGUUCAUCUUUGUUGUGUAACUAGAGUUACCAGUCUGACUUUAUUUCAUGGUGAGACCACUGGGAGAACUAACUUAGAUUUCAGGCUCUAGUAUAUUCCUGUAGUAAAAAUAAAAUCAUAUAACACUUAUGCCUUAGAAAAACUUCCAUAGAGAAGGCUCGUGUUUAAAUGACAAAAUUCACUUGGUAGACAGGAGGAUAAGGUAAAGUAGAACAUCUAAAUACUGUGUGGUCUGUGUGUGCGUGUGCGUGUGUGCCAGCGAAAGGAAUCAGGCAGUCAGAAGUAGAAGCUCUGCCUCCAGCGUGACUACUGUAAGAAUGAGGAACGAGGCAGGACAACAGAGAACUCUUAAUUGUUCAGAGAACUCUGUCCCCUCCCCCGCAUCCCUGCAGAAUGUUGAGUCUGAAAGCAUGAGCAGGUUAGCGUGUCAAGGGGUGUCCAUCAUGACCUGUGGAGGAUGAGCGAUGUUCUGACGUACAGCACCAGCGAGUCACGUAGACACAGGGCUCGUCUCCAUGAGCGUCAAAGGAACUUAAGCCACACUGGAGCUCUUCCACUUGACAAAAGUCCCUGUGCUGCACAUAACCAACGAGGCCAGGAGAAAAAUAAGACCAGAGAUACCGCCUGAGGCCAGAGGAUUCACGCAGGGGAGCACCCCUUAAGGGACAGGCUUGGGUCUGGGAAAGCAGUGAGUUGCCACUGAUGGACAUAGAUCCUACGCUAUCCACAGUUUGUUUGAACCAUGUCAGUGGCAGCAUCAGCGAGCAGGAGUGCGUCCACGCUGUGUUCUCCACAGAUCCAGCAAGGAGCCUUAAAAGAAGCUAAGGUGCCCCCUCACAUCUGGGCUGCACGGCAUUGGAACCUGGGUCUACGACUAGUGCCAGGACACGCAUCUGUUAGAGCAGGGAUCUUGGUGCUACUGAUUUUUCUCCCGAGCACGCUCUGUGACCUAGGAUCUGUAUAUGACUCUUCCUAUGAGACGGUCAUCCCCGAGAGACUGCCAGGCCAGGGGAGUGACGAUCCUGGAGGGAAGGUGUCCUACGUGCUGUUGAUGCAAGGCCAAAAGCAGCUGCUUCACCUCGAGGUAAAGGGACACUACUCUGAGAGGAACUUCCCGGUCUACAGCUACCACCAUGGUAUCCUGGGGCAAGAAGUGCCCCUCCUCUCCCAGGCCUGCCACUAUGAAGGCCACAUAGAAGGGGUGCCAGGCUCCUUUGUUUCUGUCAGCAUCUGUUCAGGCCUCAGGGGGGUCUUGAUCAAAGAGGAAACAGCCUAUGGCAUCGAGCCCCUGCUCUUUUCCACAGACUUUGAGCACAUCCUCUAUACCAUGGCGCACCAGCCUGUGGUCCUCUGCAAUGUCACUCCUACAGACAGCCUGGGGGACUCCAGCCAGCGACAAGGGAGCAGCAAGACCGAUGAGCUGCUGGCUCUGUCUGACUUGUGGUCACACGCCAAGUAUGUGGAGAUGUUUGUCGUGGUCAACCACCAGCGCUUCCAGAUGUGGGGCAGUGAUGUCAACACGACGGUCCAGGCGGUAGUGGACAUCAUUGCUCUGGCCAACAGCUUCACUAGGGGAAUAAACACAGAGGUGGUGCUGGUGGGCCUGGAGAUCUGGACAGAGGGGGACCCGAUAGAGGUCCCAGUGGACCUGCAGGCUACACUGAGGAAUUUCAACUUGUGGAGACAGGAGAAACUCAUGGGCCGGGUCAGGCACGAUGUGGCACACUUGAUCGUCGGGCAUCGCCCAGGAGCGAACGAGGGCCAGGCGUUUCUCGAUGGUGCCUGUUCAGGCGGGUUUGCGGCGGCCGUGGAGGCCUUCCAUCAUGAGGAUGUCCUCCUGUUUGCGGCGCUCAUGGCCCACGAGCUUGGGCACAACCUGGGUAUCCGGCACGACCGCCCAGGCUGCACCUGUGGUCCUAAGCACCUCUGCCUCAUGCAUGAGACGAUCAGUAAGACCAGUAGCUUCAGCAACUGCAGCUCUGACCACUUCCUCCGUUUCCUCCAUGACCACAGAGGGGCCUGCCUGCUUGACCGGCCUUGGCACCAGAGCCACAAGCGCAGAGAUGCCCAUUGUGGAAAUGGUGUGGUAGAGGAGUCGGAGGAGUGUGACUGUGGUAAUGCCUGUGACAGUCACCCAUGCUGUGAGCCAACAUGUACACUGAAGGUGGGUGCGCAGUGCAGUGAGGGACUCUGCUGCUACAAAUGUACAUUCAAGAAGAAAGGGACCUUAUGUCGUCCUGCUGAGGAUGUAUGUGACCUUCCCGAGUACUGCAAUGGCAUUACUGGAGAAUGCCCUGCAAACAGCUACAUGCAGGACGGCACGCAGUGCGAUAGGAUUUAUUACUGCUCUGGGGGUUUGUGUAAGAACCCUGAUAAGCAAUGUGCAAGGAUCUAUGGGUAUCCUGCAAGAUCGGCCCCCGAGGAGUGUUACAUUUCAGUUAAUACUAAAGCCAACCGGUUUGGAAACUGUGGCCAUCCCACCUCGGCUAACCUAAAAUAUGAAGCAUGUUCCAAUGAGGAUAUAUUUUGUGGGAAGUUGGUAUGCACGGAUGUUAGAUACUUGCCCCAAGUCAAGCCCCUACACUCACUCCUCCAGAUUCCUUACGGAGAUGACUGGUGUUGGAGCAUGGAUGCCUAUAACGUCACUGACAUCCCUGAUUACGGUGACGUGCAGGGCGGUACCUACUGUGCCCCAAAAAAAGUCUGCAUGGAGUCCAUCUGCACCGGUCAUGCCACGCUCCAGUAUGACUGUCAUCCACAGGAAAUGUGUCAUGGGAAUGGAGUGUGCAACAACUUCAAACACUGUCACUGUGAUGCUGGCUUCUCCCCUCCUGACUGCAGCAGUGGAGGAAAUGGGGGGAGUGUGGACAGUGGUCCUGUCGGGAAGCCAGCUGACCGAAACUUGAGUCUUUUUGGAGUUGGGGAGAGUCCGGAUUCGAGGAUGGAGGAUGAGGAGAUCAACCUCAAAGUGGUGGUGCUUGUGGUCCCCAUCUUCCUUAUUGUCCUGCUGUGCUGUCUAAUGCUCAUCGCCUACCUCUGGUCUGAAGUACAAGAGGCAGUGUCUCCAGGGUCUUCAAGCACAACCUCAUCCUCAGAGUCCGAGUCCGACUGACGUCCGCAGACCUCCUCGUGGGCUGUUGCUACCGAGGCCGUGUGUUUGCGGGGCAGUUUUUCCUCCGUGGUUUUUAGGGCUUGUUGCAUGCACACUGUUUACUGUAAUGUGUUGUAUAUACACUUGUGUUGCUCUUCUCUACCGUAACAACUGGUAUUAUCGUGUGAAAGUUUUUAUGGGAUCUAAAUGUUCUAACUUGCCCUGUCAGCUACUGUUCAUAAAAUACAAGUCAUUUUAAAUAAACAUGAAUAACAAGG